UAUUAUGGAUAUUCUUCAUUCAACGACAACCCUGAGCGUUCCUUCAUUCGAUUUUUUUUGUCUAAAUGUUCAUUUGAGUUAUUGUAUACGUUUUUUUCUUUAACAAAAAAACGAUGGAGAGCAAUUUGAAACCGAUGGAUGAUGAAAUGCCCACGAUUUGUCAGGAGAAAAAGGAAGAACUUUUGAUAUCAGAUAGUGAUGAUGAGAUUCAAAUGUGGGUUGAAAAGCCAGUCGUCAUUGAUCUUACCUGUAGUUAUGACGAAAACACACUGGAUUGUAGUCAUGCCGAAGUGGUAGAAAUGGAAAGUAAUGCAACUGAUCCGAAAGUCAUUGAAAUUAAGAUCGACAACGAUGUGGGUAACCUUGGAAGUUGUUCUCUUCAAGAUUCGGUGAACGCGUCUACUUUGCUACAGGACUUUAUUAACAUGGCUACUUCGACGUCAUGCUCUUUGCGUGUUCGUACUGUUGAAUCGCUUAAUCAAGAUCUUCUGAAAUCUCAUGCUGCUCCACUUCGCUCAACUGGUACAUCGCCGGUCAAUAGUGCCACUUCGUCUGGUGAUGGGACUGCUACUUCACAAUCUGAGCCGAAAGAUGAUACUCGUCUUGCAAUCAAAAAACGUUCAAUGUCGAUUUCGUCUGAACGUAUCGACGGCGAGAAUCAUAGCAAGAAAAUUAGAUUGAAAUCGUGCGAUCGAUUCUAUGAUGCCACUGCUUUGAGAGACAAUCCUAAGAAAAAAUAUGAUGAUCGUCGAAUAUCCGCGAAAUCAAUCAAUCCAAAAUCAGAUUCGUUUAAUUCAGAGAGAAACCAGCAAGGUACUCGUAGCCGUCGUCGUAGUCGUUUUGAUACUUACGAAAAUUCUCAUCACUCCCGCAAUCACUCAUCUCUAGUGUAUCCAGGAAACACUAGCUCUACUUCGACGCAUCUACACGCAAAGACAUGUGAGGAAGAUUCUCACUCUAGCCAGAUGUCGUCUUCAGCUAAAUCAAAGACCAAUGCGUGGACAGACGAAGAUAACAACGCUGCCAGUCAAAAGAGCAAACAUUCUCAAUUAUCGGAGAAUCAGCGAUCGUCUCGCUCAUCAGUCGACGACCAUUUUCAUACUUCUGAUAACUCACGUCGCUCCCGUUUUCGCUCACGCUCCCCCAUUCACCAGCGAGACACUGUGGAAAAUGGAAAAACCUCAAAAGGAUAUCGUUCGCGAUAUUCUAGUGAGGACAAAAGAAGUAGUUCCCAAAACGUAUUGCAUCUGAGCCCAAGUAACACCAAUAGCAACAAUGCCACUCGAAUGAACAAAUAUUCUGGAGCAUCGGAAAUUCAACGAUCUCCUCGCACACGUGAUAAUAUCCACUGGGAAUCAAUUUCAUUAACAAAAGACAGAUGCCGACCGUUAACAUCAACUUUAAAGGGUUUCAACUUUUUAAAUAACGUUUACGGUACUUAUGGUAUUAAAAUGAACCUGACUUGGUCGCAAAACAUCACAUUGCAUAUUCGGGGCACCAAACUUCAACGGACUAGAUUCCGAGAUGAUUUAGCCAUGUUUAUCGAUAAUGAAGUUGUAAAUAAUGGCAUCGAAUUGUCGGCAUCUGCUAGUAAUGGCUCCGAUCUGCAAUCUCUAGCAUUCAAUAGAUUCGAUCCGAACUUGCCACGAUCUAAAGACAGACUGAUCAAAAAGAUCGAACAUAACUUGGAUUUGCUGCAAACUUAUCUGGGCAAUGCUGAAGCUCUAUUCGUUGAUAUUACGACCAACGAAAACAAACAAACGAAGAUCUCAAUGAAGCAAGCCAAUCGUUCACGAAAAGACUUGAACAUUAUUUUGAUGGGACAAGCUGGCCUUCGAGAUGGACCAAAGCAUCUGGCUGAAAUAAAACGAUUGUUGAAGACUUUGAAGAAUAUUGAUGGGGAUGUCAUAAACAAGGCAUUCAUUGCCACAAUCACACUGCAUUUCAACUACAUAUUUUCAUCAUACCAACACGACAACUAUCCUGCGCUCAUAGCAGAAUACAAGAAGUCGCUGAAAACAAAUUUUUCCACAAAUGGCCCGACGGAAGCAUCGAACAGCAGUGAUGGACCAGCUCAAGUUCCGGCGAAUAUGCCGAAUGAAGGUGCUCAUCAAACGGCCACAAGUGACUCGACUGAAGCAUCGAACAGCAGUGAUGGACCAGCUCAAGUUCCGGCGAAUAUUCCGAUUGAAGGUGCUCAUCAAGCGGUCACAAGUGACUCGACUGAAGCAUUGAACAGCAGUGAUGGACCAGCUCAAGUUCCGGUGAAUAUACCGAUUGAAGGUACUCAUCAAACGGCCACAAGUGACUCGACUGAAGCAUCGAACAAAAUCUAUGGACCAGCUCAAGUACCGGUGAAUAUGCCGAUUGAAAGUGCUCAUCAAACUGUCACAAGUGACUCGACUGAAGCAUCGAACAGCAGUGAUGGACCAGCUCAAGUUCCGGCGAAUAUUCCGAUUGAAGGUGCUCAUCAAGCGGUCACAAGUGACUCGACUGAAGCAUUGAACAGCAGUGAUGGACCAGCUCAAGUUCCGGUGAAUAUACCGAUUGAAGGUACUCAUCAAACGGCCACAAGUGACUCGACUGAAGCAUCGAACAAAAUCUAUGGACCAGCUCAAGUACCGGUGAAUAUACCGAUUGAAAGUGCUCAUCAAACUGUCACAAGUGACUCGACUGCAGCAUCGAACAGCAGUGAUGGACCGGCUCAAGUUCCGGUCAAUAUUUGUGUUGAAGGUGCUCAUGAAACGGUCACAAGUGACUCGACUGAGGCAUCAAACAAUCUCUCUGGACCAGCACAAGUUCCAGCAAAUAUGCCAAUUGAAUGUGCUCAUCGAACAACAACGAACUACACUAUAGAUUCUUCGACCCAACCAUCGAUCGAAGGCGCACAACAAGUUGUUGCAGGCAAUUAGAUUGGAGUGAGAAGAAAGAGCCAACAACAUUCUCAAAGUAAAGUAUUACGCUUAUACCCCUUGAUGGCAGUAGAAAGCGUUGAACGAAUGUUCUGGAUAAAAUAAAUAUCACCUUGCAAGUACAGAGGUUUAAACAUAGUUUUAAGAAAGAGAAAAGAAUAAAUUAUGUUAAUUUA